AUCUCUUUUUCCUUUUCCACCAGUGCCUGUGUUUGUCACCCACCUAUGAACUGGCGCUUCAGACUGGCAGUUAUUGAGCAGAUGGGCAAAAACUACCCUGAAGUCAAACUAGUUUACGCCAUACGAGGAAAUAGGCUGCAGCGAGGCGUGAAGCUUCAGGAACAGAUAAUCAUUGGCACGCCCGGCACCAUGCUGGACUGGUGCAGCAAAUUGAAGUUCAUUGAUCCCGAGAAGAUUCAGGUGUUUGUGCUGGAUGAGGCCGAUGUCAUGAUCGCAACGCAGGGUCACAAAGACCAGAGUAUUCGCAUCCAGAGGAUGCUGCCCAGAAACUGCCAGAUGUUGCUGUUCUCAGCUACGUUUGAGGAGACCGUGUGGGACUUCGCCAGGCGCGUCGUGCCUGACCCAAAUAUCAUCAAAUUGAAAAGAGAGGAGGAGACGCUGGAUACUAUCAAGCAGUACUAUGUGUUGUGCAACAGCAAGGAGGAAAAGUUUGAAGCCCUGUGCAACAUCUAUGGCGCCAUCACCAUAGCCCAGGCUAUGAUUUUCUGCCAUACAAGGAAGACCGCAGGCUGGCUGGCGGGAGAGCUUUCCAAAGAGAACCACCAGGUGGCGCUGCUUAGCGGGGAGAUGCAAGUAGAGCAGAGGGCAGCUGUCAUUGAACGCUUCCGGAAUGGAAAGGAGAAGGUGCUUGUCACCACAAAUGUCUGUGCCAGAGGUGAGGGACCCAUGCAAGAUAAUUAUGAAAUAUGUAGAUAUUUAACAAUUAUUUAGUCUUCCACUUCUCCCUAUCAAUUGCUUUUGUAAUAUUGUUUUAACAUGUAUUCUGACUGUCAACACCCUGUAUGCUAUUAGAGAAGAUACCGUAUGUAUUCUUCAUACAUUGAAAAUAUUAACGUCAAUUUCCCCUAUCACCUCUCGCCUUUUUUUUUCCUUUUUUUUCUGUCCACCAGGAAUUGAUGUGGAGCAGGUAUCGGUGGUGAUCAAUUUUGACCUGCCUGUAGACCAGGAGGGUAACCCAGACAACGAGACCUACCUUCAUAGGAUUGGCCGCACGGGUCGGUUCGGCAAAAGGGGGCUGGCCAUCAACAUGGUGGACAGCAGAAUGAGUAUGAACAUUCUCAACAGGAUCCAGGAGCAUUUUAGUAAGUAGUUAUCCUUGCCAUUAUCUAUUGCAUUGGCCAGGUUCAAUGUAAUAUAUAUGUUUGCAUUUUUAUUCGUCCACUGGCAGAAAAAAAACACUCGCUGGUUUUCUCUUUUCCAGAUAAGAAAAUUGAAAAACUCGACACACACGAUCUGGAUGAAAUUGAGAAAAUCGCCAACUGAAAGACAAGUGUGCUGACAAAGUGGACGCCAGCUAGACUUGCGCUCUGCAAAGACUGUAUGCUUCUUUAUGCUGGCUUUUUAAGUUUGUAUUUUAAGCCGUUAGGGUGGAGGGGGCAAAACCACAUAUACUGCACGUUUACAUACACUUCAGUCUGUGGAACAUACCCUAUUUCACUCUUUUUACUAUAAUAUUUUAUUUUGUAAUGCUGAAAAAGCUUAACUGUCAAGUAACUCCUAAAACCCCAUUUGACUCUGCUUUUCAUACAUAUAUGAACAUUUUUCAUGAAUGUAUCCUCUUUAGGUCAUUACAACAUUGACAGUGUGUGGAAAGGGUGAAGUUGGGUAUACUGCUGCUCUGAGUGCAGGGGUGUCAUUUUGGGUGAUGACUGAUGGAUGGAUUUUAGGGUCUAUGCAAAUUUAGAGUAUACUCACAUGAAAGAAAUGAAAUUAACCUCAAUUUAUCUUCAGGGUGCGUAGCCAAAUGCCAAAAUGGAGAUGACCUACUAAUAACUCCUCAACAUUUUAGAUCAUUCUGGAGUAAAGCCCAGUCACGCGUCCCUCACAAUUUUAUUUAUAGAGUAUUAAGACUACUCAGCUGUAACAUGUAGUUGUUUUUAAACAUUUUUUGCCUACCUAUUCCACAACUUCCCACUUACCACAAACUUCACAUCUUUUAUUUUGAAAUUCAACCAAAAUUCUCUAAAAUUUCGUUUUUCUACUCUAAUUUCCACAUUUUUCAACCGAUUCAACCCAUUCCAACUUUCAAGUGUUCAUCUUUUGCCUACCUGUUCCACAUAUU